ACUUCUGGGACAUUAAAUUAUUUCUCAUUGUCACUCAUUGGAAGAAGCACAUUUGCUGAUCACAUCAUAAAAGCUGUACCAAAAAUUAAGAUAAUUUGACCACAGUUUGUACAUUUUAAUCGAAACUAAAAUUCUACAAUGUCUGGCCGUGAAGGAGGAAAAAAGAAACCACUAAAAGCGCCGAAGAAGGAAGGAAAGGACUUGGAUGAUGAGGACCUAGCUUUCAAGGCGAAACAGAAGGAAGCACAGAAAGCUAUGGAACAAGCUAAACAAAAGGCUUCGCAGAAAGGCCCGCUCGUAAGUGGCGGAAUAAAGAAAUCUGGGAAGAAAUAACAUUGUGCUUGCGGUCAAACGCGUCAAUAACAAUUCCUGUAACACAAAUUCAUCGUGUAAAAAGGGGUCUGAAUUGACGAUAUUUUUUAAAAAUAAAUUUCGUGUUUUUAAGAACA